AUGACUGACAAAACAUCAAAUUUUAACAGGGAUUCGAAUAACACUAGUGAUAAUCUUACUUUUAUGGAUGUAAUUAAUAUUUCUGUGUCAGAAUACUUCCAAAAUACCACACCUACAAAAUGGUCAUUUGAUAAUUUUUUAGAAACGAUGAAACCUUUCAUCAUGAAAGAAAAGAAAAAUACAGAUGAACUAUCCUCAAUAUGGCGUAAAAGAUUUAUAAAUGCACUUAAAAUCACAACUAAUAAUGCAGAAACAGACCAGACAGCUCGGCAGAUUGCAACAUUACUCAUAAAUCAAAAACAAUCCAGCACUAUUACAAAGUUCUGGAAGCAGUUAAAAAUUGAUAAAACUUAUGAAAGCGCUCAAGAGAGACUUCAGAAUAAAAAGUCUAUAUUCAAGGUAAACUCGCAAAUUGAUGCACCAGACAUUUUGGAGGUUUUUAGAACAUAUCAAACCAUUCAAGUUACUAGUGAAACCAACUUUCAAAACUCUAGUUCAGUCAUUGAAAAUGAAAAUGACAAGAAAAGGACAAAAGAACCAUCAAUAAAAGAGACAGAAAUAAAACAAGCUUGUAAUGAAAAGGAUAAAGGUUUCAAUCCAUUUUAUCAUGUUAACGAAUCUCCCACUCCAAUGUAUUUGCCAUUGUCAGAAUCUCUCAUCAUUACACCAAAUAAACCAAUAAUUUCUCAGAUGAUGUAUAGUCAGUAUCACGCACACAUAAUUUGUGCGUUCAACACUACACUUACAUAUCUCAAAAAAUCUCUUGAUAACAACACAUAUGAAAGCAUCAAAAAUACCAUUUAUUGUGGGAAAAAAUUAAUAAUCAAGGAUCACAUAGUUGCUAAACUUAAUAAAAUAUUUGAAUGUGACUAUUCUAAAGUUGAAGAUACUAUAAUUACUGUGACGAAAAUUGUAGAUGAUCAAUCUGAUGAUUCAAAAUUCAUUUAUUUUAUCAGACAUUCUCUUUUGGAUUUUGUUGCUAAUUUCAAAUAUAUAACACCAAGAGCAUUAGAUAGAUCAAUGUAUGAAAGAUCUUACAUUGUAGAAUGUCUAUCACCAAUAUUUCGUUCUUUUCGGAAUUCAUACCCAGAAAUAAAAUAUCACUGGAUAGAAAAGAUCGUUGAGUCAAUUAGUGGAACAAAUGAAAUGUUUAUGUGUGAUAUUGACCAGCGUAAGACGGACAUAUCAAUUGUUAGAAUUUCUGAUGAAAAAGAGAUACUAAAUGUAGAGGUCUCAGGGCCACCAUCUAGAAACACUAAAGAUCACACUGUUGGAGACAUUAAAAAGUUAUUAUCUAUGGCCGUCUGUAGUUUAUGUUGUUCCCUUGGUGACUAUCUAGAUUGUAGUAUCGAAGAUGCUAAAAAAAUUAAAUCAUAUAGCAUACAAGUAAUUGGUAACAGACUUACAUUAUUUGCAGUUUCCUUAUUUGAUAAAAAGAAAUAUUUGGCAAUAGAACUUUCAUCAUGUACAAUUCCAUUUUCAUAUGAUUCAAUAUCAUGUUAUAUGAAAAUUUUUAAUUUUUUCGCAAUUAUAAGAAAAGAAUUUCUAGAACAACAAGAACUGUACAAAAAAUUUGGUUCUUUCCAUCCUACUGAUAAUAGCACAGAAAAUUUACGUGAGUGGCUUCAUCCACCAGAUGUUAACUUAUAUCCAUCAAAAGAAGAUAUUGAUGAUACAAUAUUUUUUAUGAAUUAG